UAUCAGUCUACGCGUACGUAUUGCUUCCACCCCCAUCUCAAACUUCAGCCUUUUCGGUGCAUUCUUUAUCAAUCAUCUACAUCUGGGUUACAACCUUAUAAUUAUAUAUACUUUUCGGUGCAUUCUUUAUAGCUGCACAUGGAAGAGUGACCCCUUGUCCUACCCAAGUCAUUUUCCCGCUUAAUUUGUACUAUUUGUCCACUUAGACAUAGUUAUUUUCAAUGCUCCUUAGUUUCAUCAAUUGACAUGAUUUGUUGCAUGAUUAUCCUCGUCAUGCACUAGAUUGUAGCUGCACGACGUUUGCGGCUAGUUAUGUUUUCUCAUUGUUUCAGUCCAUGAAAAAGACCAUGCUUUCAUGUCUAAAGAGAGGUCAAUAAGUAUCUAACCACGAUGAAGAUAAAUCAGUAAGCACUAGUACAUGAUCGACAUAAGUAGAGCCUUCUCCGCCAAUGAUCGAAGUUUCUGCUCUGUCUAUGAACAAUACAAUGCCUCGAUAAUAACGCUUUUGGCUUCUUGUGGCCUGUUCGGCUGACGGUGAGAGGUUCUCGUUUUCCCUUACUCUUCUAAUUUUUGUAAAUCCAUUUAUGAAAGCACACUACCACAAUCAUUUUACUAUUUUCACCGCAAUCAUUUUCAUUACUCGUAAAGUUCUUCAAAGUAUAACAACGUGAAGAUGGCGGUGGUCAAUUUUGCGAGCACGUUCACCAUUGAUGAGAUUCCCAAGUUGGUUGGGGAAAAAUGGGGGAAUGUUGAGCUCGACGCGGGUUUGGCUCAAUUCAGCCAAGUCUAUCAAAGUUUGUUAGAUGCGUCAUCUCUCUUUUACAACACUGCGCCUGGGGCCUUGAAUGUCGCUUUGGUGCGGUUAGGGGAUUUGAAGGCAGUGGCAGAAAAACAAGUAGGUGGGAGUAAUCCUGGUAGUGAAUUGGCAGCUGCGUGCCAGACCUACCAUGCCGCAUCAACUGCCAAAGCCCCAUUGACAUUGCUCCUGUGUCCUGAAGAGCCUAGUUCAGAUGCAGCUGCGAAAACCGGAGAGUGGGCAACUGCGUUGCGCGAGGGGAUACGCGGUUGCAGUAAAAUCAUACUGGUGUCUUUAUUGAUCGAAACAGAGUCAUCACCAAUGUUGUCGGGUGGAAAUGCUGAUGAUUAUUUCGAUCCGGUGAGCGAAAAAUUGGGAGCGAUGCCAUAUACGAAGAAAGGGUAAGUAGCUUUUCUAGCUGUGAGAAACUGGAUAUACUUGUAUGCGAGUACCUGCUAAUGAGAUUUUUUCCACAAACUGAUUUGAAUUUUUCUGCACCGAUCAACCAAGGUGAAGAAAGCGAUGACUUAAAUAGUUCUUCAUUCUCCUUCACAAGGUACGACCUCCUCGCCUAUGUCACCGCACGAGCCUUAUCGUACGUCGCACGUCCUCCAACGAAAGUCGUUGUGUGCGAUUGCGACAACACUCUCUGGGCAGGACAAGUCGGAGACUCAGAAUCAGCGCCCAAAGAAGUCGAAGGCAAUCUCGCUCUGAUGGGCCGGUUGAAGAGGCGCAAAGAAGACGGGGAUCUGCUGUUGAUAACAGCGUCUAAGAACACAGAAGUGGAUGUAAAAGCAGCCUUCGAUGCGCAUCCGGAAUGGCCAUUAUCUUAAGAACACUUCUUGUAAUCUUCGUACAACAUCUUCUCGUCAAACAUUCAUACUGUCACCUACAGGGCAGCGCACUAGCAGAAAGACUAGUGCGUUGGCUCUAAAGAUCUGUUUUUUUGUUUAGAGAGAUAUAUUAAAGAUCUUGGUCUUCUUUGGUUCAACGCAUCGUUCUGGAGAGGAUUUUCAAGGGGGAAGGAGGUCUCCAGGAUGAAUCUUCAAGAUGGAUUAGGGCGCGCGCAAGUUCUAAUCAUCCUUUUCCGAUUUCGUGUUGCACAAGGUCAAUUGGGAACCGAAGAGCGGAAAUAUGCAAGCAGCAGCAACGGAACUUAACUUGACGUUGGACUAUAGUUGGGUUUUUUUAGACGACAAUCCGGUCGAAAUCGCUGAAGUACAGGCAAAUGCGCCUAGCGUGUUGGCCAUAAAUGUACCAGCUUUUAGAGCGGAGGUGGUGGGAGAGGGGAAGGUGAAGAGUUAUGUCACAUUGGUAAUUUUUACUAGAUAGCCAUAGCGAUGAACUCUAUUGAGCCGUAAUUUUGGUCAUAGAGUUUAAUCAGCAUCUUUCUUAGCUAAAAACCCAUAGAUGAGGACAACAUCACCUCCAAAUCCAACUUCUAAUUCAAAAACCAAACGGCAGCAGCCUUCGCAGCGAAUUUGUGGCCCCUUGACUGUUUUCGCGAUGUUGCUGCCUCAGAGAGCAAGACCGAGCAGUAUCGCACGGAGUUUGCGCGUCAGUCUACUCAGGUUGCUGCGACCUCUUUUACCGAUUUUAUUCGCUCUUUGGAGCUAAAAAUCUCAGUCUCCAAGUGCCAACCCGCAGACGAGCCGCGCGUUCUGCAACUGACGCAGAAGAGCAAUCAGUUUAACUUCACAACCAAGCGGCAUCUCACAAUGCCUAGUGACCUAGAUUGCAGUGUGGUGCGCGUGUCCGACCGAUUUGGAGACUACGGCUUAGUAGGAAUCAUGUUCUACAACACAACCUCAGCGUCAGCGCAUUCUAAGAACAAGGUUUUGGUUGUUGACAAUUUUGUGAUGAGCUGUCGCGUGUUGGGUCGCGGAGUAGAGCACGCGAUGCUCCAGCACCUAGGCGAAUUAGCAGGUUCGGGUGGCACCAUAAAGAUCGAGUACCGGGAUUCAGGUAAAAACAUGCCAGCAAGGAAGUUUUUACAAGGCGUUGAGCUCAUGCCGGUAGAGGAAGUUACGACUUGUUACUGAAAAAUCACUAGCUUGAUAAUUGACUCAUAACAUUUUACUUCUACAGAAAUACAUACUAGAAGUGGUCCUGCAUAUCCACGUAACAUCAAUAGAGUGCUCUAUCCCUUUUUCAGGAUACACUUCCUCGAAAACUGAAAAUAACCGAGUUACUGACUGAAAUAAGGGAGGUAGCUUUGACAGGGCUACUCCUCCUUGUUCAGUAUCUCGCCUAUUUUUAGUAGUUACUCGCCAUUUCUAAGGAUGAUCAAGACUCGGCUUCGUGGGAAGGCACAUUCACGGAUGAGCAGGUGAAAAAAGUCGCCGUCUUCGAUCCAGAAAACGUAAACACGUACGGCGCUUCCGUCAACGACGGUGGUUCGAAGAGGCAAGAAGGCUCUGGUGGACCUGGUGGCGCAUCUUCAUCAACAGGAGGAGCUGCAGGUCGUGCAAGGUCAUUUGCUGCUGUUGACAUAGCAAGUGUGAUUCAGCGGAGAGUAGAUGAGGAAGUCAGGGAGAGCAGUCGUGGCACGUCUGCCGGAUCUGCCGGUACCCGUGGCGAAAGUGCAUCUCGUGAGAUCGACUCAGAUCUCCUCACCACAGCCAUCAUUGACGCAGUCGCAACGAUUCUUGGCGAAGAUCCUGUUGGCACCAUUUUGCGAGCUCCUGGAGGCGGCACCAGGUCAUUGACCACACUGGGUAUGGAUUCGCUCUUGGCUGUGCGAUGUUUGGGCGAAGUAGCGAGGACGGUGAAAAAGAGAAUUGGGCACAAGAUCGACCUGGUGUCUAAAGUAGACAAAUACCAGCGCAACCCUCAGGUGCAAGACUGGGCAGAGCUGAUUGCGACGACAAUCCGCGACAGUCGUGAAGAGGAAGGAGAAGAGGAAUUUCAGGUUCGUUAGUUUUCGGCUAAAUUGUUCCUUACUAGAAGUAUCUUCGUGAUUAUUGUUUCUUUUCGAACAUCGAUAAGUUUGUUUCGUAGUCGACGUCUCGUUUCGUAGAUUCAACUUGAUACAAAAAUGGACAGUAGCAGCUGCUGCUGCAGCAGUUAAUCUCAAUGUUACUUCUUGUCGUGUCGUUCGUGGAUAGGCAAAAAUUGUUCACUAGGUCGCUUUAUGCCACGACUAAAGUACUAGAUAUAGAACGAGUAUAAAUCAUCACAAUAUCAUAGCGUCUUAGAAUUUCCAUCAUGGGUCACAAUGCACUCAAAGAACUCUAGAACAAAAGGUACAGUAUUAACAUUGCAAUCAAACGCGAUUUAGAUUACUAAUAAUUCCAUCUCUAUCUUCACUCUCUUAAAAUCAAAUAAAUAAAAUGUCGAAAAACCAGCAGGGAGCGAUUGUGAGCAAGUUUCCACACGCUGUGGUGCCCACAGAUGCUACAGGGAAGACGCUUCCGAUCGUGCGGAAACCUCUAGAAUCAGAAGGAGUGAUGUUCCAGGUCCAGAAAGGAACUAAAGGCGACGUCCAAGCACCUAUGGUCUUUAUCCAUCCAGCAGGCGGCGCCACUCGCCCGUUUCAUAAGCUGUGGAAAGGGUUAGGUAUUUUAGUUUUGUCUGUAUUUCCUUCUGUGAAGAGACGAGUGUCUAGAGGAGUCCGUGUUGUGAUGAAAAAAUGAACCACGACAGGCCUCGAACGUGACCUAUGGGCCGUGGAGCAUCCGUUUAUGACAAACAUCGACUAUGAUCCCCGUACGAUGACAGUCGGCGAACUUGGGUCGCUCUAUUCAAAAGCUAUUAUUGAGAAGCUGGGCCUCGACAAAAAGGACCGCAAGUGGGUGCUCUGCAGUUAUUCGGCUGGAGGUACUUUUAUUUCUGCUGCUCCCUUACGUUCUUCCUGUUCUUCUUCUGAAAUGUAAGAUCAAAGUAAGUUGAGUGAACCUGAAUAGUACAGAACUACAGCUUGUGAGUGAAACUACAGCUAGUUGUAUCAGCUAGUAGCAUCUAUCGCGACAUGACACAGAAUUCGGAAGACAUCUACAAACGUUACAAACCUCCUUGCGCAGGUCUCUACCUCAACGAGACGUAUCACCAACUGCGAAUGGCUGGUUAUCGUCCAGCCCUCGUUCUGGGCCUCGACUUCAUCCAUAAACCACUACCGCAUUGUCCAUUGAUGUGUCCCUCUCAACCCUGCUACUUUCCCCAAGUUUGUGGCUGCUGCUGGCAGUGCUUUGGGUUGUUAUGUUGACUGGAAUUAUACUACAACUAGUACUAGGAACACUUGAAUAAGUACUGAUGUAAAAACGAAAUGGGGUACUUCUAUCGACAAAUAUCGUGACCAGUGAAACUACCUCACCCGCCUUCCCAUCUUCUAACCCACCAAGAACUCUGCGUCCUCGCGAACAUGGCAGCAGUCUGGCCCUGUAUGAAAUGCAUCUUCAACGGGCGAAAUCACGACCGACCAGGCGUGAUGGAAAAGAUGCCGCCAUCGUAUAACAAUAAGAUCAGUGGCUACAUGAUGCCUGGUUUCAUGCAGAACGGGCCUCUGCUGGAAGGCGCUUACGACUUUUUCCGGAUGGGCUUUGAGGAUACCGUAGUGAUCAAGGACAAGGCACCAGUACAGCAAACCAUGAAGGAGCACAGGGAAGCAAAAACCUGGGAUCAAAAAGUCGAAGCGGUAAGACUGCGAUUGGAUGAAAAGCUGAAGGAAGAUGGGAUGGAUGAAGAUCAACGAAACAUGAUCACUACCAAGUGGGAACGAUCGGCUAACGUACCAAUUUUUAGGCUUACAACAAGUUUAUCAUAGAAGUCGUUUAAGUUGAACUACGGUUACAAUCAGCACUUCCUGCAAUGUAGGUAGAUGAACUUGGAUGUCAUGUUGGUCCACCAGCCUCUUUUUCAGAGGGCAGAUAAGGUGUACUACCAGCAAAAAAAAUUCACCACCAACUACGUCAAAAUAACAGCACAGGUCUACAUCCACAACACGGCUCCGAAUUUGCUGUGUUGCAUCUUCACUCCGGUCUCUUACGGCAACACGCCAGUGGCAGACUUUGAGAUCGGACGCAAUGGGCCCGCUGGAUGUUGUGCGAAGCGACCAAUGCGAGGUUGGGAAAUGCUCAACGCAGGUGGCGUUGCAGAUGGAUUCAAAUUUAUGGAUGUGCUGAGUAUCAUUUUAUCAACAACGACGAGAUUGUAAUUUGUUGAAGCUGUGUCUCGUGUCCGCCAACGAAAUUCGAGUUCCAAGGUAGUACAAAGAGUACAAACUACAUGAGGAUCAUGAGUACGAAUCAUGAUCAUUCCGCAUCCACUUCUAGUACAACUUGACCUUUCUCUUCCCCUCUUGCUUCUAACAUCCGGUACGGCAAUUAUCCUGUGAAUGCCAUCAACAGUGCGACGUUCAAGCAAGUCUUCCCGUCCGACCCACCACACUUCCGAGCGCACCAGCUUGUUUUGCUCGACGAGGAGUGGCUCGCGUGGGCUUUGCCCAAAAUCAAACAGUGCUUUGAAGACCUCAAGAUCGAUGAACCGUAGAUUGUUGUAUGGACCCAAUGCAAAUAUUCGCCUUGUUGAUGAGAAUGUCGAAUCAUAGUAGCUACUAGUGGGAGUCGAUCACUUUGUUGUGAUCUCUUGUGAGUACUACAGUAUGGUUUGAAAGUGCAACUAGCUUUUAAUUUUAGUUCUACGCUCUAAAUCUAAUAGGCCUACUACACGAAACCAGCAGAGCUGGGCUAUGCAAGAACUUUAGCAUUCUCUACUAGAAAUUUGAGCUCCACCUCAACAAAGGGAAAGGUCUAGAUACCUAUUCAUGAAUCUGGACAUAGUGUCGUUGGAGUUUUCUGUUCUUUCACGCGUUCGUAAAAAAACCAAAAAAACUAGUGUACAGAAGAUGUCAUCAUUACCAUACGCCAGCAUCUUGGUUAAUAUUGAUACACUUGUGUGGUGUUGUUGUAGUUGUUCUUUUCGUUCAUUUUGAGUGGUGUGUGUCUGUGUCAAUAGCAUUAGACCAUUGCACAGGAGAAACUAUACAAUAGAUAGGGUGUACUAUGAUUGAGUCCAUAUGAUGUUGUAGCUCGUCCAUAUGAUGUUGUAGCUCACAGACGCUCGUCCGUCGUUAUCUGAAAGUGUAUGAAAGGAAAAAGUGCACUCACACUCAACAGAUUGACUAAGAUUCAAGUAGGAAAGGAGCUACUUUCUUGAGUGUGAGUGCACUUUUUCCUUCCAUAAAGUGAAGUGAUAUCUUAGUCACAACAUACAACACUCUAAUAAAUAAAUGUAAGCCUCCUGCCUCUUUCUGAUGUCAGGCUAUCAUUGUGGGAGCUCAACGGAGAUUACGUCAUUUUUUUUUGUUCCUGCGAAAUGGACAGGCAGAGGCUUUCCCCUUGUAGGAUUGCCUUUGAAGUUUGCGCAACACGAACACGUUAAGAAUGAAUAUGUGCUUUCUUUAUUCAUGUUGUAAAGCAGUAAGAAGAUAUGGCUCCAGUUCGCUAUGUAUCGCAGCAUUUUCUUGCACGUUGACUCUC